AUGGCAAUUGCUGAGAUUAGGAUGCUGUUAAAAGAAAAUGAUAUAGUUUCAACAGGAACUAAAAGUGAAAUUAAAAAAAAAAAUUUAUUGCCUGAUUUGGCAUUGAAAAACUUGGGAAGAAAAGUGUGGCCAACAUCUAAAUUAGAAAUUGUUGAGUGGCUCAAAGUAAUGUUUCAUAAAAGGUAA